ACCAACGUGAAGCAACCACUGCGACAUCACUGGAAUCGAGAGCCUCCGCAGUUUUUGGUUUGCCGGGCUCGCAUCUCCCCAAACCCAAUCGCCAUCCGUUCCGCUGCCCGCUUUGCUUUGCUCUCUCUCUCUCUAGCCCUCGUUUAAGCUGAAAAAUUCCAAUUGCUUUUUGAUCUCAAAUUUCAUCACUAUUCACCUUGAUCCUAUUCUAUUUUUUCUCCCUCCUCUUUUUUUUCUUUACCCGGUCCAACCGUCCGAUCGGUCGCCGCGACCCUCCUUUCUCGCCGCCUUUGCUGCUACACCCACCCGGACCCCCCAAUUAAGCCAAUACGUCGCUAUUCCUGCUUUAAUGCCUUCCUUCGGGUCAUUUCUCAAGAAGAAGCGCACAAAGGAGGGCAGCUCCGGCUCUGACCCCUCCGCAAAGGCCAGCAGCAGCAACCACCACAGCGCUGCGCACCCCACCAGCCCCGUCGAACCCAAGAACAAGAAGAGCUGGGACUCGACACCAGCGCAGCAGCAGCAACAGCAACAGACGCAGCAGCAGCAACAGACGCAGCCGCGAGCAAUCACCUUCAAGCUCGGCUCGGGUGCCAACGCCGGCAGCGGUACCGCUACCUCGGGCCCCCCAGGCGCUGCCGCGUCGAGUGCGGGCUCAACAGGCACUGCUGCGGGUGCGGGUACAGCUGGAGCGACAGGCCUCAGCACCAGCAGCGGCAACCACAGCGCGUUUCCAGGCGCCCUGCUAGGCGCUCCUCCCCCCCAAGGCACCGCCGCCGCCUCGCCUGGGUCCAUCUCGCCGUCCGCAUCCACCCCCAUUCCCGCCUCCGCACCCGCGCUGUCGACGCCAGCUCCUGCGCCGGCCUCGUCCUUCUCGCCAGCUUCACCCGCCCUACUCUCGACGUCCGCAGCCUCGCCCUCGGCCUCGCCCUCUGCUGCCGCUCCCGCUCCUGCUGCCGCGCGACUCUCGGCCACGGCCGCGCCCUCCUCCUCCUUGUCCUCACCCUCCGCCUCCGCCUCCGCUGCCCCCCUCGAGCUCGCCCACUCCCUCUCGCCCACCGCCCAGCCCGACCACCAGCCGACCAUGAAUCCCGCCCUCCAGCCUCCCCAUCCCUACGCGCCGGGCCACGACUCGCAGAACCUCCCCAGCAUCAGCAACCUCAUCAAUUCGCCCCAGAAUGCCGGCUCGGCCAACGGCUACCCCCCCUCGUCGUACCAGCCCUCCGCUCCCGUAGGCGCCCAGAUGGCCGACGCCAAUGCCGCUCAGCUGCAGCAGCAGCAGUUGCUACAACAACAGCAGCAACAGCAACAGCAACAGCAGCAUCACUUGUCGUCGGCGAUGCAGCUGGACCCCCCCAAUGAGCAGCAACCGCAGCCUCAACAACAACAACAACAGCCACCGCAACAGCCCCCACAGCAGCAACCUCAGCAGCAGCACCACCAGCCUCAACAACAGCAACAACAACAACAACAACAACAACAGCACCACCACCAACAGCAGAUCCACCACGGCCACAGCAUAUCGCUAUCCCAGCCCCGCGUCACCAAGGGCAAGUACUCGCUCGGCGACUUUGAGAUUCUGAGGACGCUGGGCACCGGUAGUUUCGGCCGCGUCCACCUGGUCCAGUCCAAGCACAACCAGCGCUUCUACGCCGUCAAGGUGCUCAAGAAGGCGCAGGUGGUCAAGAUGAAGCAGGUCGAGCACACAAACGACGAGCGCCGCAUGCUGAGCGAUGUCAAGCACCCCUUCCUCAUCACCCUGUGGGGCACCUUUCAGGACUGGAAGAAUCUCUA